ACAUUGGAUCUAAUAAUUAGUUAUUGACUAAACAAUUCAAUCCAAACCACAACAACCGAACCAACAUUAUGACCACAAAGAGUGCCGGAACUAUUGUUGGCCACUCAUCGUCUAUGACGACGACGACGACCUCCGGGUCGACGGCCGCAGCAGCGGCUGCGGCGGCUGCAAAGUCCAAGAAAGUUGAAGUCCGAUGGCUAGAAUCAGAGUCGGAACUGUAUCUAAAACAAUGGCAACACCGAUAUCAUCAGUUAGUCGGUCUGGAACUUGACUAUCACGAGAUGUGUUUACUAAAGAAAUCUAGCGAAGACUUUGAAGACUGGUGUCUAUCAUCGGCUGCCGCGUCGGCGUCCAAAGCAUUCUUGGAUUUGGACAUUGAUUUUGAUUCUCUGUGUUCGAAGAGCGCCAACUUUAUGAUCAGCAACAGUGGCGGCGGUGGUGGUGGUGGUGUCGGUAACAACAAUAGCACCAACAGUACCAGUGCUGACAGUUUGGGCAGCUGUUCGGCCGGUACGGUAGGCUCAACCACCACCACUAGAGGGCCAAUGAUUACCGGCUUUGAUCAUAUAUUCUGGUCUACCGAUGAUCCGUUGAUGUCCACCACUACAACCAACGCAUCAAACGGCGGCGUCGCUAAUGGCUUAACCGUUAAGAAGAGUACGACUACUGGUAAUACUGGUAGUAAUAAACGAGUGAAGACUAGUUCGCUGUUUGGUAGUGACGGCCCAAUUGGAGGACAGAUCAUAAUGAAUAGACGGCGAAGCAAUAAUACCGAUAUGGAUGCCGACGAAGAGUCUGGUGGCGGCAGCGAUGGCGAAGAUAACGAUUCGUUUGAAAAUCUAAGACUACCGUCGAUUAAGAGAUUCAAGACAAACAAUACUACUAAUAAUAAUAAUCGGAAACGAGUGAACAAUAAGACAAAGACUGAAACAAUGACCGAUAAGGAGCGACAGUUUACCAUUGAUUUGAACAAACGUUUGGAACUAUUGGCUAAAGACCAGGCGAUUAACGGCUGCGGCGGUGUAAACGACCAAAAGAAUGGUAGCAAAACUACGACUACAAACAACAAUGGUAUCAAUAAUAAUACGACGACGACUAUCAAUGGUAACGGUCUGAGCCCAUCCAUGGAUGGUAGUAUCAAUGGUACCACCGGUGACGAGACGGCUGUACCCAAGAGCCGUCAGCCAAAGUCCAGACAACGAGACAAGACACGACCGCCCCGUCCGCGACCACCGCCCAUACGACGGCAGAUAUUCAAGUGCGAGCACGCGGGCUGCUCCUACCAAUCGGAUCGUAACUUUAACUUUCUACGACAUAAGCGCACCCACCGUAAGACAACUCCCGGCGCUGAUGGUGGCGAGUCUGGUUUGACUACAGCUGGCACACAAACAAUGACCACAUCCGCUGCCGCUACAGCUACCAAUGGUACUGUCAAAGUGUUGGCCAAUUUGUGUGUGGCUGUAAAAUCAUAUCCGAUUACUGCUGCCGCUGUUUCCGCCGCCGCCGCCAAUCAACUCAAUCUGACCGCUGCUAAUCCCAAAGUAUUUCAUACACAAACAUCCAAUACAUCGGACACUACAUCGUCUACCCUAUCGUCUCAUACCACUACCGACUGUUCUACCAGUACGACGACCAGUGUGGACGACCUAAACGCUCUGCUAUUGAGAACAGUGACGGCGGCUUCCAAUGCGGCCGCCGCUGCUUCGACUACCGAUAGCCCGACUUCCCAAUUACUAUUGAAAUCAUGUGAUACCACUGCCGACGAUACCAUUACCACCUCUAUCAUCUCCACCAUCACCACUACAAACGGCAUUAUCAAAAGCAGCACCAAUACCACCAACAAUAAGAGUACCGACAGCGUAAACGGAUCUACGAUAGCGACCAAUCAUCAAUCAACAACACCAACCGCAACCAUCAUCAGUGUCAGCGAUAUCACCAAAAAUCUCACUAAUGAACACUCAUAUCAUCAAAAUUCAUGAAAGUUAAGUGAAUGCUAAUCAUUAUGAAAGUGUUUUAUUAAAAAAAA